AAGUGAGUGAGCAUUUCCGGCGGCCGUCCCCGCGGUGCGGAGCCCUCUACAGUACAGCUGCCCCAGGGUCUUCUUGCCGUCAUGAAGGACGUUCCUGGCUUCUUACAGCAGAGCCAGAGCUCCGGGCCCGGCCAGGCCGCCGUGUGGCACCGCCUGGAGGAGCUCUACACGAAGAAGUUGUGGCAUCAACUGACUCUCCAGGUGCUUGAUUUUGUGCAGGACCCAUGCUUUGCCCAAGGAGAUGGCCUCAUUAAGCUUUAUGAAAACUUCAUCAGUGAAUUUGAACACAGGGUGAAUCCUUUGUCCCUGGUAGAAAUCAUUCUUCAUGUAGUUAGACAGAUGACUGAUCCUAAUGUGGCUCUUACUUUUCUGGAAAAGACUCGUGAAAAGGUGAAAAGCAGCGAUGAGGCAGUGAUUCUGUGUAAAACUGCGAUUGGAGCUCUAAAAUUAAACAUCGGGGACCUACAGGUCACAAAGGAAACAAUUGAAGAUGUUGAAGAGAUGCUCAGCAACCUCCCUGGUGUGACAUCAGUUCACAGUCGUUUCUACGACCUCUCCAGUAAAUAUUAUCAAACAGUCGGAAACCACGCGGCCUACUACAAAGAUGCCCUGCGAUUUCUGGGCUGUGUCGACAUCAAGGAUCUACCAGUGUCUGAGCAGCAGGAGAGAGCGUUCACGCUGGGACUAGCAGGACUUCUUGGCGAGGGAGUUUUUAACUUUGGAGAACUCCUCAUGCACCCUGUGCUGGAAUCACUGAGGAGCACCGACCGGCAGUGGCUGAUUGACACCCUUUAUGCGUUUAACAGUGGCAACGUAGAGAGAUUCCAGACACUGAAAACCGCCUGGGGCCAGCAGCCUGAUUUAGCAGCCAACGAAGCCCAGCUUCUGAGGAAAAUUCAGUUGUUGUGCCUCAUGGAGAUGACUUUCACACGACCUGCCAAUCACAGACAACUCACUUUUGAAGAAAUUGCCAAAAGUGCUAAAAUCACUGUGAACGAGGUGGAGUUGCUGGUGAUGAAGGCGCUCUCGGUGGGUCUGGUGAAAGGCAGCAUUGACGAGGUGGAUAAGCGGGUACACAUGACCUGGGUGCAGCCCCGAGUGUUGGAUCUGCAGCAGAUCAAGGGAAUGAAGGACCGCCUGGAGUUCUGGUGCACCGAUGUGAGGGGCAUGGAGAUGCUGGUGGAGCACCAGGCCCACGAUAUCCUCACCUAGAGCCCCCUGCCUCACCCGUGUGUGGCAGCUGAGAAGAUCUGCAUUUAAUUGGGGGUGGGGGUGGGAUUCUGUUUGUGGAGUAGGGACUGUUCUUCCUGCUGUGAAAACAGAACGGUCACUGAUGGGGGGCUUGGCCGCAGAGAGAAACCUCCUUUGUGGGUGUCUCCCGUAGCCCACAGUGGGGAGGGGUCACGGGUCUCUGGUGACGAGGCGGGCAAGAGUGUGCAUGUGCCCUGAGGAAUGAGAAGGAGUAGCCUUGAGGUGUGUGGGGACACCACUUGGAGGCUCGUCUCCAUUACAUCCACCUGUGUGAACAGCUCUGGUGUCAUAUGAGAAUGUUCCUGUAAUAAACGCCUUUGUUUUGUC